AUGGCUAUGCAUCUGAGCCUCCCCUCCCACCAACUGCCAGUGCUGACUGAAUCGACGGAUGAAAUUGCCGAGGGCAAUUCCCUUGUCCACUGGAACCUUCCUGAGGAAUCUCAGACUCAUUUUGAAUCGACUCCUACGCCUCGAGAAGGCACAAUGUGCACGGACAAAGCAAUUGGAUCGACAACUUACGAACCCCAAUACAAUGCCUUAAAAGCAAUGGACUUUGAUCCCUUUUCAACUUUACCUAUUGUCCAAAGCCUCAUGCAGUCUAUUUUACAACCACCGGAUGUAUUCACCACCGAGGUCUUUCAAGAUUGGCUUCUCUUGGUGACAAUUGAGGGACUGAAGUUCAUCAAAGACAUUCCAGAAAAUCCCGCCUCAGUCAUGCACAUGCCACAUUCACAUCAAAACCUCUGUCUCGGAUGGUUCGCCUUCUUCUGCGACUACCUACCACGGGCGGUGGAGGCACACCCGAGUGUCAAAGUAUGCACCUUUCUGGCCAGAGAGAAUCACGACUUCAUUACAAGUUUUCGUCAAAGGUUAAAUCAAUGUCUUAAGGAGGUCUUUAAUAUGGAACCACAUUACGAGGAGGUCUACCGUGAAUGGUGUCGAUUCUAUCAUUCACUUUGA